AUGUCUGAGGUACAAUCACGACCAGCCGCGCCUCGAGGCAGAGGCUCAGCUCGCGGCGGCCGAGGAGGUUUUUCUUCCAGAGGAGGACGCGGCGGCAGAGGUCACGCAACCAACGGCGACAAGACAAAUGCUGCGCCAGCAACAUCAAUUGAAGAUGAGGGCGAAGUAGGCCAACUGAAGAAGCAAUAUGGUUCCAAAGUCUCUACGAUCAAGGAGAUGUUUCCCGACUGGACUGAUGAGGAUGUUGUAUUCGCCCUUCAGGAGACUGACGGUGAUCUGGAGACCACAGUUGAUCGCAUAACUGACGGUACAAUCUCACAAUGGGGAGAGGUUUCAAAGGCGAAGAAGGAUCGAUCUCGUUCCAAGGCCAAGGAUGCUACAGUCACUUCAUUCGGCGAUAUAACCAACCAAACCAGGACCUCGCGCGGUGGUCGAGCUGGCUUUGACAGUGGCAGAGGAGGCCGUGGCCGUGGCACAGAUCGAGGCAGAGGUGGAAAAGCUCGAGGAGCAUCGGUCGCACACACGAAUGGACGCAAGGAAAAUUCUGAGAUCUCGACCCCUACUCCUGAGCCAACUGCCUGGGAUGCUCCUGCUACUGGCGAUUCAUGGGAUGCUCCUAAGGCAGCCGAGGAGAGCUGGGAUACUUCCAAGCCUGCUGAAGUUGGUUGGGGAGAGUCUGCCUCUUCUACUGCCACAGCAACUGUUCAGGCGGCUUCAAGCAUUAUUCCAGUCGGCGUCAAGAAGAGCUGGGCAAGCAUGUUUGCGCCUCCUCCACCCGCUCCAAAGAAGGCGCCAGAGCCGGUUGUCGAGAAACCUGCCGAGCCCGCAAAGCCAGCAGAACCUGUCGAGGCACCUGCGAUCGAGCCCGAAGCCCCAAUUUCUCAACCUGCCCCAGCUGAACUUGCCGAAACUAUUCCUCUUGAAACCGCUUCAUUCGAAGAACCCGAAGUUGCGAUCGCACCCUCGAAUGAUGAUCUCACCGAGACCAACCUCGAACAAGUCCCAGAUACCUCUGGCCCCGCCCCCUCAGCAACUGCUGCAAGCACUACUGCUAGUUCUUGGGAUCCUCGAAACACACCUGCUAGUUCCACCCAAUACUCCGCCUUGCAACAAAACCAACCGCAAGCAAUUCGCCCACCAACGAGUGGAUUCCAAGCUUCUGCAUUGAAAGCUACAGGAACUCCUGCGCGGGCUCCAAGCUACCAACGCCGUGUACUUGAUCAAGAGGAAGCUGUUCGCAUGCCAGGGAACCGUGAGGUGGAUCGCGCUGCAGUUCAAUUUGGCGCCUUCAACUUGAAUGGAUCUGGAGAUGAGGACGUUGAUGGUGACCGCGAGGAAGCAGAGACUCGUGCUCAACCACCUCAACACUCUCCAGUUGCGCCAAGAGCUGCGCUGCCACCGGCUCCUCAGCAACCCGCAACUGUCACGGAGGCUUUCCCGACUACAAAACCAUCAGCCGGCUUGCCAUCCACCCAUCCUACUGCUGCUCCUGGUCUCCCUUCACCGGCUCCUUUGGCAGGUGCGCAAAGCGCGACCCAGCAAGGACCGCAAGGCAAUGCACAGUUCAGCCAAUAUGGCAGAUAUCCACAGGCUGGCGCUCAAGAACAGUCUUCAUUGCCCCAAAAGCCGUAUGAUGCUUUCAGUCAGCAGGCUCCAUCCACUCAAAGCCCGUUCGAGGGCUAUCCAAACCAGCAAUCUCAGUCCCAGACUCAACCCCAAUCUGGGGCUUUCUCUUCCGCACCCGACCAAUUCUCCUCUUACUACACUUCCGACCCGCAACAUCGCAACGCUUACAACAACUAUUACAAUCAGCAAUAUGGAUUGCAGCAAGGUUCUCAAGGUCAACAAGAUGGUCCUACUUCUCAGCAACGAUCCUACAGUGGUUACAACGGCCCUCAGGCAGAGAAUUCUUCUCAAUUCCCGCAAAGUGCUGCCCAACAGACCCAGUCACGUUAUGCGACUGCAGGAGAGGCUCAAACCAGCGGGCACACUACUCCGAACCCAGCUGCUCAAACCCAACAGCCAGGUGCUGCCCAGAGCGCCCCACCCCAACAACCCGGUCACCAGCAAGGACCUCAGGUUGGAAACUACCCAUAUGGCCAUCCGUACUACUCCAGCCCGUACUAUGCUGCGUACAUGAACCAGUAUCAACAGUACGGCGCAGGAAACUACCCAGGGGGACCUUACGGUGCUAAAGGUGGACUUCAUCAGGGAUAUCAAGGUUAUGGCAUGACUCCAGGAGCUCCUUAUGAUCACGCUGCUUCCCCUGCGGCCGGUGGCUUUGGUGGAUCUGCUCUACAUGGACGCGACAGUGCCCUCGGAGGCUUGUCUGACUACGGUCGAGCAGGAUCGGCUCCAUCAUCCCAGACUCCCCAGGCCCUCGGAGGCAGUGGUGCUUUCGGUGGUUCUCAUGACGCUUUUGGUCGCGGAUCGUACCAAGCCCAGCAGCAGUACGGCGCCCAGCAAGGUAACCAACAAGGCGGCGGUGACGAUUUGAAGCCAUUCGGCGAUUCGAAGGUUGCAAAUGGACCUAGCCCAUCGUUGUCUCAAGCCGGCCGACCAGGAUCUGCGACGAACACGGCUGGAUCAGCACUUCCUCCACCACAAUCUCAGCAAGCUGGGUACGGAGGAUACCCCGCCCAUCUCCAGCAACAAGGCCAAGGACUUCACGGUAGCCAAAGUGGCGGCUAUGCUGGCCUAGGCGGAGCUGGAGGCCACCAAGCAGGAGGCCAAGGGCACCAAAACAGCCAAUACGGAGGCUACCAAGCUUUCGGUGGCAACUACUAUGGCAGCCAGCAGCAGCGCGGAGGAUGGGGCGGCAACUACGGACAGCAGCAUUAA